UGGGCCGGAAUCGAAGACCAUCUCUUCACCAACGAUGGGGGUAAGACCAAGGGAUACACCGAGGACAUCGACACCUUGCUCGUCUUCGCCGGUCUCUUCUCCGCCAUCCUCACAGCAUUCGUCGUACAGACAUACCAGAUGCUCCAACCAGACACCCAAGACACCACCAACCAACUCCUCGCUUAC